AUGACUGUCCCCAACUACAACAACUACCCCGAGAAUGUUGGUGUCUUGGCCAUGGAAAUGUACUUUCCCAAGAGAUGUGUUAUUCAAUCAGAGAUGGAGACAUUCGAUGGCGUCAGUGCUGGCAAAUAUACCAUUGGUCUUGGUCAGGAAAAGAUGGCCUUCAUCGAUGACCGUGAAGACAUUCAAUCCAUCUGUUUGACAGCCGUGCAAAACUUGAUGGAAAAGCACAACAUCUCCUACAGUGAUAUCGGUCGUCUUGAAGUCGGUACCGAGACCAUCAUUGACAAAUCCAAGGCUGUCAAGACAUGUUUGAUGACUUUAUUCACUGAGCAAGGUAACACUGAGGUGGAGGGUAUCGAUACUACCAAUGCCUGUUAUGGUGGUUUCGCCGCCUUCUCCAACGCUGUCAAUUGGAUUGAAUCUUCCUCUUGGGAUGGUCGUUACGCUAUCGUUGUCGCUGGUGAUUUGGCCUUGUAUGCAUCUGGUGCUGCUCGUCCUACUUCUGGUGCUGGUGUUGUCGCCAUGCUGAUCGGUAAGGAUGCCCCUAUUGUUGUCGAGCGCGGUCUCCGUUCCACUCACAUGGAACAUGCCUACGAUUUCUACAAGCCUGACAUGCACUCUGAAUAUCCUGUUGUGGACGGCAAAUUCUCCAACACCUGUUACAUUCGUGCCUUUGAUUCUUGUUACCGUCGCUACAUGGCUCGCUUGGCCAAGCUUGAAAACAAGGACAAGCCCAGCAUGGAUGAUAUCGACUAUGUUGUUUGCCACUCUCCUUAUGCCAAGUUGGUCAACAAGUCCUUUGCUCGUGCAUCCUACAAUGAUUUCCUUUUGGACACUGACAAUGAAAAAUUUGCUGCCCUCAAGCCUUUUGAGGAAAUGUCUUAUGCUGACUCUCUCGAAAACAAGGAUUUGGAAAGAGCUUUGAUGGGUUUGACAAAGGCUGGUUAUGCUCAAAAGGUGGGCCCUGCUGCCUAUGUUCCCAAGCAAAUCGGUAACAUGUACACUGCUGCUGUCUGGGCUGGUUUGGCCUCUCUCAUCUCUGAAGUUGAUUCUGAGACUCUGCAAGACAAGCGUAUCAUGUUGUACUCUUAUGGCUCCGGUUUGGCUGCUUCCAUGAUCUCCUUCCGUGUCCGCGGUUCCACUGAUGAAAUCAAAUCCAAGUUGAACCUCCGUGAGCGUCUGGAUGCCCGUACUCACUCCAAGCCCGAAGAAUUUGCUUCAGCCAUGAAGAUGCGCGAAAACACUCACAAUGCCUGCAACUUUAACCCCUCUGGUAGCCUCGACAACAUCGCUACCGGCGUCUACUAUGUCGAAAAGAUUGAUGACAAGUGGAGACGUUUCUACAAGCGUAAGGAUUAG